UAUUAUGUUCGAAACUAGGCAACUAGCUAGCAAACAAAAUAAAGUACACAUUGUUAUUCUCUCGAUCAAUUCUUGUAGCUCAAAUUGUCUGAAAGGAACCAGCUGGUUCUUUGAAUUCCUGCUUUCUUUAAUUGCCUCAUAUAUCUGAACUAACCUCCUCGAUUUCCAGUCUUCAUGCAUGUUCAUCUUCUCCAACUCGCUAGCUUAUGUCUACGGCAAUAAUCCGCACCAUUUAUGGCCAAAAGAUCUCAUGUCCCGAAAUUCGGCGAUUGGAACAACAAGGGCGGCAAUGUACCAUACACCGCCGUUUUUGACAAGGCCCGCAAAGGUAAAUUGAAAGAUGGAGUGAAGAUCAUGAACCCAAAUGAUCCGGAGGAAAAUCCAGAAGCUUUCACCACCAUCGACGAGAAAGAGAAAGUGAAAGAAGGGGUGGUGAAGAUCAAACUCCCUAUCGUUGCUGAAGAGAAUCGAGACUCCUCGGAAUCUGAAUCCAUUGCGCCACGGACGUUGUCACAUAUUAGUCGUGCUAGUUUGAGUCACCGCCGCCGCAGGAGUGACGAAUCGGAGCUAUCUGUCUGUAGUGAAAAGAUGAGCUUCGAGUGUAAUAAUUCAUCACUUAUACUGCAGCAACGGAGACAACAACGGUUGCGGGAGAAAUCUGAGAAAAAGAAAAGUACGGAUUCAUCUUCAAAAAGAACUGGUUCAACUGAACAUCAUCGCAAACAUUCUAGUAUUACUGAUAUUGACAUGAUUCCAAUACCAAAAUUUGGGGAUUGGGAUGAGAGCGACCCAAACGCUGGCGAAGAUUAUACAUACAAAUUCAACAAAGUGAAAAAUGAAAAGAAGAAUAUAUCUGAAAUGUUCUCAGCUGCUUUGUCUUCAGAACCAAACAAUGGUGUUAAUACCAAUAAUCAUGAAAAAUCUUUUUCCAUAUCAAAGAUUUGCUGCUUUCAUCUAUUUCCAAGAGGAAGGGCAUGAUUCGGGCAUGGCUUUGCUUCUGGCUAUUCAAAUAUUGUCACAAGAAAAUAAAGUAACUGGUUUUUUUCUUUUCUAGCUCUCUGGCUAUUUGGUCUGGCAAGCGAAGAAAGGAUUAACUAUAAGAAAUUAGACUAGAUCGAUGUUGAUUUUCGGUCACGGACAUCCACUUCUUUUCAGUUUCUGUAUUCUUGCCAUUCACUUAUAAUUCUGUGGUUAAUUUAAUGAUUCUUCAUGACUGUUUUUUCUCUUGUUUGCUGCAAACUAUACUUCAAAUUCUGUAUUCUGAAUUUAACUAUUCUUGAUUGUUGCUUUUCUCCUGUUUGUUAUCGCAUUACCAAGCAAAACAAUCAAGUUUGUAAUAUAUAUUU